AUGAUCCACGGGCCCGCAAGAAGUAUAUUUCAAAUUGCAUCUAUUGUCUCCCAGUUCACAGAGGAGAAACUGGGCCAAGCUGAGAAGACGGAGCUGGAUCCCCACUUGGAGAACCUGAUCACUCGGGCAGACUGCACCAAGAACUGGACUGAAAAAAUCUUAAGACAAACUGAGGUGCUCCUGCAGCCCAACCCAAUUGACCACACUGGUGCUCGAAUAGAGGAGUUCAUCUAUGACAAGCUGGAUAAGAAGCUUCCCUCCAGGACCACCAACCCAGAGCUGCUGGGCCAGUACAUGCUGGAAGCUGCCAAGGAAUUUGGUCCAGGGACGCCAUAUGGUAGUACCCUGAUCACAGUGGGAGAGUACCAGAAGAGACUGGGUGGAGCCGAGCGCGAGCUCCUCCAAACUUCAGUCGCCGGCUUCCUCACUCCUCUACGCAACUUCCUGGAAGGAGACUGGAGGACUAUAUCAAAAGAGAGGCGACUUCUGGAGAAUCGACGGCUGGAUCUUGACAUCUGCAAAGCACGUCUGAAAAAAGGCAAACUGGCAGAAGCCAAAGCAGCGGCUGCACCUGAUUUUCAGGAGACAAGGCCUCGAAAUUAUGUUCUCUCUGCCAGCGCAUCAGCGCUGCUGAGUGAGGAAGUGGACAAAGCAGAGCACGAGCUCCGUGUCGCUCAGACAGAGUUUGACCGACAAGCUGAGGUGACCAGGCUGCUGCUGGAGGGCAUCAGCAGCACGCAUCUCAACCACCUGCGAUGUCUGCAGGAUUUUGCAGAGGCUCAAGCCACUUACUACGCCCAGUGUCAUCACUACAUGCAGGACCUUCAGAGGGAGCUCAGCAAAUGUGCUAAUGCCGUCAGCGCCCCCCACCCUACUGCAGCGGUCUGUCCCGACUCCGUCUCCUCUGCUUUCCUGUCUGGACCAUCAUCUCCCGGGGCCACAGUCUCCUCGCAGUCUAGCCAAAGGCCCAGCACGCUGGCUAUGGAGCAGACGCAGCUCCCCGUCACAGGCACGAGAAAGGCCAAGGUCCUGUAUGACUACGACGCCCACGAUGUAAGCGAGCUGUCCCUCUUGGCUGAUGAGCUCAUUACUGUAUACACCGUACCAGGAAUGGAUCCUGAUUGGUUGAUUGGAGAACGGGGGAACCAAAAGGGAAAAGUCCCUGUCACCUACCUUGAACUGCUGAGCUAAGGGACCAAACAACAGGACACACACACACACACACACACACACACACACACACACACAUAUACAUAUACACACACACAUUUAGUACACUUGCAUUUUGAUCUUAAACACUUAUGCAACCCUGUCUGUUGGGAAAUUUUCUAUAAAUACAGAUGACUCAUGGGAGGAAAUUGCAACAAGCGCUUGUAACUGUGUGAGCAACAGUUUUGUUUGAUGUGGCCACAUGGGUCAUUAUUACAGUCUCCCUCUUAGUCCAGUAAUGUGUGUGCGAGUGUGAUGAGGCCACAGUUACAACUACACUCCCUCAUUUUGUUAACAGAGCAGUUUGAGUGUUUUUGUGUGAAAACUGAAACUUAAUUCUUCUCAAUCUUUCAUUUGUGUUUUUACCACAAAGCAUUUAUGAGGCAUUCAAAGACAUCACAUAAUCCAUUAAAAGAUCAUUCCGAUUUAUUACGACUUGGGUCUUAUUGUUGUAGUUUGGGCCAUCAUUUGUAUCGAUUAUGAUGAUGUUGUCCUCACCAAAGUAAGUGCUGAGAAUUGGGAGCAUAGUGACAUGGCUACAACAGAGUUUGAUGGGGCAAGAAACACAAGCUGGCUAAGAAAAAAGACAGUUGCCAAAAGUCCAACAAUUUCACCAGACUGUCUAAACUACUUUCUAGUGCUGAAGUACAAUGGGAACUUUGGGAUUCUGCUUUACAUUUGUAAUGAGAAUUGAGAAGAAUCUUGGAACAUAACCAUACUACCAUAGUAGUAUACCAAGCCCAAGACCACUGUGGUUCCAUGUCACCUGCUUGAGUGCAUUGAUGAGUUAAAGUGGUGAGUCGACCACAAGUACCCAACGUGUAAUAAAGCAGAAGGAUCCUUUGCAGGAUAAUGAAAUGUGAUGAAUUCUACCUGCUGGCUUCCUCUUCUCUCCGGUCCACUUUCAACUUCACAAUCUCCAACUGUGACAAUCUGUGACUAUUUCAUCAUCUGUUCUUAAAACUCAGCAAUACAAAUACAUCAGUCAGCUGCUGAGAAGGGCUUUCAACUCAAAUGGAAUGAUAAUUCUGGAUUUGUAUGUUGUGUAUGUUGCUGUACUGUGAAGUUUCUGAUACAAUUUUCAAAUACAGAAAAUCAUGAGUCAUAUCGUCAUCACCAUCUUAAUAGUGUAAUGACUCUUGCUGUUGGUUUGUGUAAUGACUGCUGUAUAGUGAUAUAGUGACCAUGCUGAGUCAUCAUGUUUUCUUCAAGGACAACAUGACACAGCUUGUACUCAUAUUCUGGAGCUAUAGCUGCUUAGUUCACAGUUAAAUGUGAACUUCUAAAAUAUUUUUGGACAAACGUAACACAAAUGUUCUUCCUGUAUUAGGAGCAGUUCGACUACAUCUCCAUGUAUCAUCAAGUCGAACAAUAAAGGGGUUCAUGAGGAUGAUUACAAAGUGAAGUUAGCCUGAAGAAGUGUUGCAACAACACAGGCACAACAUGAUAACUGUCUGCAGACAGAGAUUGUUAGCCUUACAUAUGACACUUUGUGAGAGUUUGGAAUGAUUUGAAACAGAGGAGCAGUGUGUCGCAAAUUAGCAGUCAUGCAGGAAUCACUUAUUCUUCCAAUGCAACAGCGACAUGACAUAACUGUGUCUCCAGGUGUUUCUAUGUCUUGUUUGCUUUAUUUUCAUGAUCACAGUGAUUAUGUAAUGUGCUUAGUUUCCCACACACCCACUUGACUCCCAGCCUUCCAGCUCCCUUACGGAGAACAUCCUCUCAACACACACAGCAUGCGGGGGGGAAGUCAGGCAAACUGCCUUAUGAGGUCAAAAGGGCAAAGGGAGAGUUGGAGCAUCCUCCAAUUACUAAGAAUUUCAAACUGUCUCCAUAGUAGUAGACCUACUUGGCCUGUAAUUUGUAUAAUGCCAUUACAAUAAGUGUUGCAACAGUUCUUGGAAGCAGAGUUCUACAGUUUGCUGUGAUUUGUGAUAAGCUGAUGGAUCUCAUGUAUUCAGGAGAACAGGUCACAAUCAUCAGGGGCAAAGAAAUGACUCAGCAACUUGUGAGAAAGUGGAAUGUUGUAUGACUAAUGUUUAUUGUGUGCAACUAACUACAGAUGAUGGAAAGUCUUUAUUACCUCACCAGUGGCAGUGCAAUACGUGUGAGUCAUAGCUGUGUGUAAUGUAAGUCUUUCAAAGGGAAUCCCAAGUUUGAUUUCACAUCACAAGUUGCUAACAACAGACGCUAGAGUAUCCAGUAGUUUAGUGUAUUUGAGAUAGAUAUUCCUGGUUCCCAUAAGAUGAUGCUGAAUGAUGUUUAGAGACAUCUUUGGGACAAAUAUCCUCUUAUUUUAGAUCGGACCGUCAGAACGCCGUGACAUUUGCUGAGUACAUUCAUGCUUUCCUCUAGCGUCACCUUUAGGACUGAAUUAAUGUUUGUAGCUCUAUUACUGAUGAGGCUGUAACAACCACAAUAUCUUUGCUCAAUUUGUAUUUUUGAGUGAAAUGAACAUUGCAGCAAAGCUUUAGAAAGUUGGCCUUUAUAACUUAUUGGAUGUUUGAGCA